AUGGAAAAGUUAUCCCCCGAUGAAGCCGCAAAACAACCCUUAGUAAUCGUAGUAAUCGGAAUGGCAGGGAGUGGAAAGACGACCUACAUGAAGGCCAUAACUAAGUCUUUAAUUGCUGAUGGCAAAAAGGUCUACUCCAUAAACCUAGAUCCUGCGGUAUAUUCGAUUCCGUAUAACUCUAACAUUGACAUAAGAGACAGUAUUAACUACCAAGACGUUAUGAAACACUACAAACUAGGACCAAAUGGUGCCAUUAUGACUUCAUUAAACCUCUUCGCCACCAAAUUCGAUGGGGUUAUGGAUAUUCUACUCAAAAGAUCUACUGAAUUGGACUACAUUUUGGUUGAUACUCCUGGACAAAUUGAAGUGUUUAAUUGGUCAGCAAGUGGUUCUAUAAUUUUAGAAUCAUUGGCUACAACGUUCCCUAGUGUGAUUAAUUAUGUCGUGGACACAACGAGAUCGCAAAAGCCCAUCACUUUCAUGGCAAAUAUGAUAUAUGCCUGCAGUGUCAUGUACAAGUUUCAGUUGCCAUUUAUUGCUAGCUUUAACAAAAUUGAUGCAGUUGAUCCCUCGUGCUGCAUUGAAUGGAUGAACGACUACUACAAGUUUUCUGAGGCAGUACUGGCCUCCGAUGACUCCUACAUGGGAUCAUUUAGUCGUUCAUGUGCAUUAAUGCUCAAUGAAUUCUACCGCGAAAUACAGCAUUGCUCAAUAUCCAGUGUCACGGGAGAUGGAAUGGAUUUGCAUAAAGAAUGUCUUCUCAAAUCAAAGGAGGAAUAUCUCAUGCAAUAUUUGCCAUUCCUUAAGAAUAAAAAUAAGGAAUCAGUUAAAGUCCCAAACUCUGGAGAUUAA